UGUUUGCGUGCGUGAUGACGAGGGAGAGGUUGGCUUAUUAUUCUCAUUCAAGAACCCGGACAGUCGGAUAGGUCCUCCCACCGGUGUCUGCCUAUUUAUACGGUUAGAAACGCUGUCGUGGGUCGUGAUAACAGGACGCGACUUGGAGACACAGAGAUACAUCACAACGCGUGCCGGCUCUGGCCCAGGCUACAGCCAUGCCACUUCUUGAAGAGACCACCCUGCCACAAGAGCACCCACCUACUGUCCCUGUGGUGAUCAUAGGUAACGGACCAUCAGGUAUUUGUCUGUCCUACCUGCUGAGUGGAUACAAGCCCUACCUAGAUACGGCAACUGUCCACCCGAACCCAAUACUCUACAGGAAACUGCAGGAGACUAAGCACCUACCCAUCACUGAACAAGAUCUUGAAUAUUUGAGUGAAGGUCUUGAGGGGAGAUCAAGGAACCCUGUGGCUGUGCUUUUUGACACCCUAUUGCACCCCAAUGCUGACUUUGGCUACGAGUUCCCCCCAGUCCUUCAGUGGAGGAGGGACAAGCAGCAACACAUCCCACAUCUGGUGUUGGGGAGGGCAACACCUGGAGGUGCUUGGCAUGCCAUGGAAGGCUCCAUGCUGACUAUUAGUCUUGGCAUCUGGAUGGAGCUUCCUGGGGUUAACUACAGAGACUUGACCAAUGGGAAACGCAGGGAUGUAACCAGUGACAGAGCUACCCCUGAGGAGAUCUCCUCCUAUUACCGUAACUAUGUGAAGCUAAAAGGCCUCAAAAAGAAUUUUGUUGACAAUACCUAUGUUACCUCUGUCCAGAAACUCUGCCGGGGGCAUGAGGGGGAAGGUUUGGAAAAUGGGCACACCGAUCAAAGAGACGGAGGGGGGGGAGAUGAUGGGAAUCAAGGCUUUGAGGGAAAUGGAGUUGAGUGUCUAAACAAUGGAGGAGGGGGGGCUCUUUGGGAAGUAAGAGGAUACCAGCAGGUGCAGAACGACGCUCACGUCCCUUUCUCUCUGUUUACUGAGAAUGUUGUCCUGGCCACUGGUGCGUCAGAUUCACCAGUUCGAUUAAAUGUAGAGGGGGAGGAUUUACCAUUUGUAUUCCACAGCAUCUCAGACCUGGGUUUGGCUCUAAGCCGGAGGAAACUGGAUAUGAACUCUGAUCCAGUUUUAAUCGUAGGUGCCGGUUUAAGUGCUGCAGAUGCUGUUCUGUGCGCUUGUAACAGCAACGUUAGAGUGCUGCAUGUCUUUCGUAAGAACGUAGACGACCAAGACCUCAUCUUCAAACAGCUGCCCAAGACCCUGUACCCAGAGUACCACAAAGUCUAUAAUAUGAUGUGCUCUCAGACCUACACAAAUGUGGCUCCAUCCUCUACUUCAAACAGACCCCAGGCAGUUAGUAUUGCCACUUCAGUAUGUGCCAAGAUGUGCCCAAAACCCCAACUUGCUGCAGGUACCAUGGCUGGUAAUGCCAGUGUCAACCUGUUUCCUGACUACACCAGUUUCCCUGAACACUGUGUGGUGUCCUUCCAGUCUGAUAAGAAGUGUCUGCUGCAGGGGAACAACUCCCUCAAGGCAUUCAAGAUCUCCAUGGUCCUCGUCCUGAUUGGGACCAACCCAAAUUUGUUCUUCUUGAAGGGACAGGGCCAGUAUCUGGGUCAGGAUCCAACAAAACCUGUCUCCUGCAAGCAGAACCCCAUUGACAUCCACCCCUACACUUUUGAGUGUACCAAGGAGCCAGGUCUGUUUGCCAUGGGCCCGCUGGUGGGAGACAACUUUGUACGCUUUUUGAAGGGUGGCGCUUUAGGCAUCGCCUCCUGCCUGCUGAAGAGACUCAAGAAGAAAGGGAAGCUCAUCAGCAAUGGAGGGAAUAACUUCAUUUGAAAACAUGAUGGAGAGAAGAGCAGGACGCGUUGGUCAUAGUGCACAGAUUUCAAGCACUCUUACCAACUGAUGUAACCGGUGAAGGGCAAAACAAGAGUUUUAACGUUUUCCCAUUAAUGCAGUGUUUUCUCAUCAAGGCAUUUUUACAACUUUCUAAGACCAAAAAAGACGAUGUAUGUACACUAAUUAGUUUCUAAAGAAACAAAAGACAGCUUUCAAGAGUCUUGUCUGACUUCAUACGAAGUCUCCAGAAGUCCAAGCUACCGUGUGCCAAUGUUUUUCAGUAAAUCUGUAACCUCACAACUGAAUGGGACCUUAUUUUCAUCAGGGUUAUUUAUUCGUUCACCAUGUGUCUUUCAAUCCAUUCACUUAACAUUUAAUUGCUGUUGUAUAAUUACUCUUAGUCUAACCUUUAGGUGGAAAUGCUGAACUUAUUAGCAAUAGUUGUCUAAGUGAUGGACAAACUUAUGAUCAUCUAAACUCUAAACUGGAGUGGUCAAUGUACAUUAGAUUUAUUUCAGAGUGUAACCCAGAUUCAUGGCUUAGCUUUAGUCUAUUUUUUGCAUUUGUUUUCUACGGUUAGCUGCUAUUAUCAGUAGAUUGAGCCAUAUACCUAAAAAAGCUUGAAAAGCCUAAUAAAUCUGACCUGUUGCCUUUGUUAUACUGCUACUGAAAGGCUUUCUAUGCAAAUAAUUUCACAUGCAGAUCUGAAUGUAUACUUGGGCAGUCAUUGCAAAUUUACCGUUUGGAUUCAAGUAUCCCAUCAUUUUACAUUUUUAUUUCUUUCCAUACAGUAUGAACAGAUAGGUAAUCCAGUGGACAGUUUUUUUUAUUUUUGUUUAGAUUUACAGUCAGAAUGACUGCAAACUUCAUAGCACAAUAGUGUAUUAAAUGCACCUCAUCUUCCCCGAUUAUGCUUUCUCAAUGCUUUUUUUGCCAUUUGGCAACUUUCAAAUUUCUCAUCAAAUUAACUGUAAUGAUAAAUUUUGACAAGAUAAAGAUGGGCAUUCUUUAGCAGUAAAAUGUGACAUAAAAUAUUAUAUAAACAACAAACAAACAAAAUAUAAUAAAGCAACAUUUAAUUACAUUUAAUUUAACUAUGCCAAUUACGGUAUAUCAAAAUGAAAAAGUAAAACGGUUUUUAACUUCAUAAUCCAUUUAUCUAGAUGCCACAACAAAAAAACAGUUUUCUUGAGUCACUGCCAGCUCAUCUCAAUCUAAAUCCAUAUACAUACAUACACAUGGAGAAAAUGGGCUUUGAAAAAGACAAAACAGAAAAGCACACUUUUUACAAUCAUACCAUCCAAAUAAUUAUUUUUAUAUUUUUAGCAAACCAAACCAUCAUCUAUGUAUUUUUAUAGUCACAUUCUUAUGACAUUUUUAGUGAACAUCUAAGCUCUGUCUUCCUUAUUAUCCAUCACUCUAGUCAUAUCAUAGGUUUCUCUAUGACUGCACAAAACUUUGUUUACUUCACUCUACACAGCGAUUACCAAAUCAGACAUCCCCUAUAACUAAAUCAACUAGACACGUUUAAUUAGUUAUUUCUUGUUCUGUUUUUUCAUAUUGCCCAACUCUACAUGUGUGUGUAUAUAUAUCAAGUUCUUCUUACAUACAGCCAAUAUUGUUUUGUCAGGUGCCAAAUAACAGUAUAGACUGGUUGCGACUUGUGAGCAGUCAUAGUAGCAAUCUAUUCCUCAUUCCUGCUGUAUUUUCCUUCCUUUCAGUCAUUUAAACACCGUCUACAGGAGCGUGAUGCCAUAUGCAUCAUUGUUUUGUUUUUGCCGCUCACGCACAGCUCAUGGUUUGUUUAUUGUGAUGUGAUCCCUGUAAAGGUUUUUUUUUUCUUCUGCCCCGUUCAUACUACAGUAUGGUAGUCAGAGUCAGUGUUGGGGAUAAUGAAUUACUAAAUAACACGUUAUUGUAGUAAUAUUACUUUUUCUACUAACAAAGUAGUUUAACACAUUGCUGUAUAAGUUUUGGUAAUCGUAUAACAGUUAACUAGUGAACAUGUUGUUAUUUGUGUUAAAUAUUGAAUUUCAGCUGAAUUAUUCCUUCACGCUUUUUUCACUGGACUUGUUUUGAUAUGAAUAUUAAAUAUAUGCAUGCAGGCAUGAACCAUUGCCU